AUGUACGGUAAUGAGGUCAAUGCUGCCGCUGCUGGUCUGCUGUACUUGGCAGCAUCUCGGUGCCCAAGGGAAGACUACCUUGUGAAUACUCUGGCGAGGGAAGGGUACAUCGAGAGCAUCACGACGUGUAUACGCAACAGUGAUAAUGAGGAGACUAGAGGCUCCCUGAGCUCGGCCGUUUUCCAAAUCUGGCAACGGGAUGGGGCCUCCUUGGUGACACUGUUCUCCUCCCAUCUGGGCCGUACCCAUUCACAGUUCCUUCCAGUAGCCCACAGUCUGGUGACCUCUCUGUCGCAGCAUGGGGAGCCUUUCUACGCCUUAUCCCCUGUAGUGGACUUCCUCCUAGAUCAGCUGGUCAGAAGAAGACACUGUUGUUGUGCAGGGUGUGCCGCCCUCCUUGGGGAACUCUGGGUAUCUGGUUUGAUAUCGGCUAAGGCCAACUACACAGAGCAAGCCGAGCAAGCUCUGCUCGCACUCCAAGAGAGGGCCUCACAGGGCUCUGGUGAUGGGAGGGACCACCUCCCGUACGUUGCGGCCAGCACGCUGGUGUCUAUACUGGAGUAUGUGUGUCGGCAAGAGGAUGAGGCCAUGGCACCAGCUGUGUGGAGGUCCCUGGUGUACUCCCUCAUAGUGUCACUAGGCACUCCAGAGCUUCUUCCAGACUAUUCUGAUUUCAUAACAUCGUUGAUUUCGGAGGCCCUCCGGAAGCUACCGUGCCUCCCAGUUUGCGUCCUGUCGGAGCCGAUCUGUAAGCUGUUUCUUGAGAGGAACGCGAGCGCUGACGAGAUGAUUCCAAUGAAGGAAAGUGAAAAGGACCUGUUGCUGUCUAUAGUCCAUCACCCCCGACUUACGGAGGCAGCCGCAGUAGAGGUUUUGAAGGUAGCAUGCAAACACAUGGUAUCGGACCCUCCAGAGGUGGACAGUGUUGAAUGGAAGAUCGUUAAGAAACUGUCAACACGGUAUGCGACCAGUGCGGCCUUUGCAUCGGCAGCAGCGGAGCGAUGUCUUAAAGAGGUCGGUGCCCAGUAG